CUGGUCAUUAUAUCGCCUACGUAAAAAAUCCAAUAGAUGGUAAUUGGUAUGAAUAUGAUGAUACUUAUGUUACCAAAAAAUCCGCAGCAGAUAUAUCUCGUUUGGAAGCAUAUGCUUUGUUUUAUCAGAAGAAAAGUCCAGAGAAGGAUCAAGAACGUAAAGAAAUAUUAGCUAGAAUUUACAAAGAUUCUGGUGUUGAAAUUCCUUAUUUCAUAUCACGACUAUGGUUUAACAGAUGGCAAUUUACGACGACGCCUGGUCCUUUAACUAAUUAUGACUUUCUUUGUAAACAUGGAAGUAUAAAUCUAAAGCGAUACCCUAAAAUACGAAAUAUGGUGGUUAAAGUACCAUAUAGCGUUUAUACCACACUUGUUUAUAAAUAUGGCUCAGACGGCAGUCCUCCAUAUUUUUCCACUGAUCACGGAAUAUUGGGAUGUGUUAUUUGUGAGAAAGAAGAAAAAAUGUUGGAACAAAGACGUCAGAAAGAGUCUCUUGACAUUGGAAUGAUUGAUACUAAUACGAUAAAGCGUGGCGAAUAUUGGUUUUUAAUAAGUUCUAAAUGGCUUUCAAGUUGGCAUAAUUUUAAGUCCGGAGGACCUCCGCCCGGACCUAUAAAUAAUUAUUCUUUUCUUCAAGAAGAUGGAAGCCCAAAGCCCAGAAUGAAGAGAG